AUGGACGAAUUAUUCGCUUUACGAAAUCUUUUUUAUACAGGAUCAUUUCAACAAGUAAUAAAUGAAGCGAAUUCACGAGCUAAAGUGUCAGAAGCAGCAAAUUUGGAACGUAAAAUAUACUUAUAUAGAGCGUAUAUAGCACAACAAAAGUAUAAUUUGGUUAUAUCCGAAAUCAAAAGUUCCGAUGAAAUAGAUUUACAAGUGGUUAAAAUAUUGGCAAUUUACUUGCAAGCAAAACCUUCUGUUGGUAGCGUUGGACUAAAUAAUGGUAGUGGUGGAGAAAGUAAGAAAGAAGAAGCGUUAAAAGAACUUCGUGACGUAGUAUUAAGUGAUCCUACCAAUUUGAUUAAUCCUACCGUACAAAUUAUUGCUGGAUCCAUUUUUUAUCAUGAAGGAUUAUAUGAAGAAGCAUUAAAAAUUCUUGUUAGGCAUAAUAAGAAUUUAGAAUGUGUUGCUUUGAUUAUUCAAAUUUAUUUAAAAUUGGAUAGAUUAGAUCUUGCAAAAAGAGAACUGGCCUCUACCAAAACUUGGGCCGAAGAUGCGAUGUUGGCUCAGCUCAUUGAAGCUUGGGUCGGUUUAAAAACGGGAGGAGAUAAAUAUCAAGAAGCUUAUUAUAUUUAUGAAGAAAUUGCUCAGUCUCCUUCUUCUAAUACUGUAAAAAUAUUAAAUGGCCAAGCCGUUUGUAAUAUUCAUCUUGGAAAAUAUGUUGAAGCUGAAUCUUUAUUGCUUGAAGCUUUGAAUAAAAGUAACGAUGAUCCAAAUACUCUUGUAAACCUUAUUGUAGUUUCUAAUUUAUUAAAUAAACCUGCAGAGGUAGUUAAUCGUUAUAUCAAUCAAUUAAAAGAAACGUCACCGAAUCACGCAUUCUUACAAGAUCUUGAUCUUAAAACCAGUCUAUUUGAUAGAGCAGCACAAAGGUUUGCUCUCGCUUAA